AUGGCUCAGAAAGAACAAAUGUUUGGGGAUAUCCCCACAGCAAGGUUUGGUCAUUCAACCACCUUUGUUGGAAAUUCUAAAGUUGUACUGUUUGGAGGAGCUAUUGGUGACAGUGGAAGAUACACAAUUACAGCAGAUACAUAUAUAUUGGAUUUUUCUGCAGGAUUUCAAUGGAAAAAGAUUACAGCAGAUAAUCCACCUAGUGCGAGAGCAGCUCAUGCAUCAGCAUGUGUAGAUUUAAUGCAGCUAGUAAUAUAUGGAGGUGCUACAGGUGGAGGAAGUUUGAGUAGUGACGAAUUAUAUCUGUUGGAUUUAAGAAAAGAUCCCCACUAUGGCUGGAUGAGUGUCCCAAUAUGCGGAGGAAGGACCCCUGGGAGAAGAUAUGGACAUACAAUGGUCUACAGUAAACCUAAUUUAAUAGUAUUUGGAGGAAAUGAUGGGCAAAGGACUUUAAAUGAUGUUUGGUUUAUGAAUGUGGAAGAAAGCCCAUUUGUAUGGACGCAAGUAUUGUUUGAUAGAGAUGAGAGAGUUCCAUGUCCAAGGGUAUAUCACAGUGCUGCAUUAUGUAUGGAGGGUCCAGCAGCGGGGAUGACUGUUAUACAUGGAGGAAGAGCAAGUGAUUCCAGAUGCCUAAGAGACACUUGGGGUCUUAGACAGCAUAGAGAUGGAAGAUGGGACUGGAUAGAAGCACCAUGCAGAAAGGGAGGACCUCCAGCUCAAAGGUUUCAACAUGUUGUAUUGUUUGUUGGAUCCAAAAUGUUAGCAUUAGGAGGAAGGGGAGAUGACGUUUCAAAGAUACUACCGAGUAUGCUUUAUGAUACUGAAAAUUGUGAAUGGAGAGAUUUACCUGGUAUUGAAAGGUUUAGACAUUCAGCUUGGUCAAUCAAAUCAACUUUGUUCAGUUUUGCAGGAUUUGACCACAAGACUCAAACGCAUCCUACUGUAGAUUUGCUUUCUAUAGAUUGUUCAGCAGAACCCAAUUUUUAUAAUGAAAAAGAAAGGUCAACUAGAAAAAAAAGCUUAGCUGGGGUUCCAUACAACACAAUAGGAGUGCAACCAAAAGACCAAAUGUUGCCCGGAUCAGGAGGAAAUACCAACAGUUCCACAAGAAGCAGCUCAAUUAAUGAGGAACUAGGUUCUUCAACCUCAAAUGAGCAGCUUACUGGAGAAGAGCACAGCCCUCCAAAGACCAAUGACAUUUCUUUUACUGAUGUUGAAAGAGCAAUCGCUAGAGCAAAUAUUCAGCUAAAAAACGACUCAAAGAAAUAUAUGCCUAAGAUGGAAUACAAGACUACUGCAGGACUAAUUGGCCUAACUCCAGCUGUUACAAAAGUCAGCUCAAGAGUUCAUAUCACCGUUGACUCUAUGAACAAUGAUUUCUCCACGCUUGUUCAAAAAAUUUCAAUUGACCAACUUGGAGAGGAGGGAAGGAAAAUUGACAAAGUUGCAGCAAAGCACGCACUUGCAGAUUCUCCUUGGAUGUUGACUCCUAAUUCAAUGGGUGUCCCAGGAACUGGUUUAAUCGAAAAAUGCUUAAAGUUAUUCCUUCAUCCAACAAUAACCCCAGUUGAGCUUUCUGCUAGGUUUAAUCACAUGGCAGAAUUUUCACUUGCAUGGCCAGAAGUGAUACAACUUUGUGAAAUGGCUUUCAGUAUUGUAAAGCAGGAAGACAUGGUACUUAAUAUAAGGACUCCUGUAAAGGUUUACGGAGAUAUUCACGGUCAGUAUUAUGACUUAAUGAGACUUUUUCACAACUAUAAAGCUCCUAUUAGCGAAGAGUUGGAAGAUGUUUUUGAAGCCAAAGGAGAUAUUGAUUCUACUGACUAUUUGUUUUUGGGAGAUUAUGUUGAUAGAGGAACUCACAGCUUGGAAACUAUUUGCUUGCUCUUUGCUUUAAAAAUACGCUAUCCAAGGCAAGUUCACUUGAUUAGGGGAAAUCAUGAAGACCCAAUAGUUAAUUCACUUUAUGGGUUCAAGGAUGAAUGUAGAAGAAGGUUAAGAGAGGAUACUGAUGACCCUGAAUCAUGCUGGAAUUGCUUUAACCGUGUUUUUGAGUAUCUUCCAGUAGGAGCAAUUAUUGAAGAUAGAAUACUGUGCAUCCACGGAGGAAUUGGAGGUUCAAUCCACAAGGUGGAGCAAAUUAAAGAGAUUCAGCGUCCAUUAAGACCUUCUCAGACUCCACAAACUGAUUAUGAACAGAGGAUACUUGAUCUUCUUUGGUCAGAUCCUACUGAUAAUGAUUCUCUUGAAGGGAUUGUUCCUAACGAUACCAGGGAUCCAGAUGGCUGUGGAUUUAUUGUUAAAUUUGGUCCAGAUAGAGUUAUUCAGUUCUUAUGUGAAAAUAACCUGGAUCUAAUUAUUAGGGCUCACGAAUGUGUACAGGAUGGUUUUGAGAGAUUUGCUGGUGGAAAACUUAUAACCCUAUUUUCUGCCACCGACUAUUGCGGAAAGCAUCAGAAUGCAGGAGCUUUACUAUUUAUCAAAAGAGAUCUAACAGUUGUUCCUAAGAUCUUACUCCCUUCAGCCUCAAAAGACUCCAGAAUGAUCCUUAAUAGCAGUAAUUAUUGGGACCAAGACAUCCUUUCUCAGAGACCUCCAACCCCUCCGAGAUCUGCUACAUACUUUGACAAAAUUAAUUCAGAAUUCAAUGAUAUCCCAGCCUAA